AUGGCAUGGAAGCAACACGUUCUGCAGAAGAAACAGUUCGUGACGAUGUUGAUCGGGGAGUGCUCACCCAAUGUCAGAAGCGGGGAGAGGAGAAACGACGCGGAGGGGUCGGGCGAGUCCAGCCACAGGGGCACCACGGUGAAGAAGGAGUUCAACAGCAGGAUGGACGCCCUCAUAGAGUUCACGGAUAGCUCUCGCAAUAGGAUCUCCCUGAUGGAAUCCCAAAACAAGACGAAGAAGAGCGAGCUGGAGGACGAGUACCUCUUUUUAAAAAAAAUAGGAGAUGUGUGCAAACUCAGUUGCGAUUACUACUUGGAGACAAACGUCAAUUUCCACGAGGCGUGCGAGAAUUUCAAAAUAUUGUUCAGGGCAUUUGAGGAGUCGCUCGUAAACCUGAAGAGUAAGGUAGACGAGGCAGACUCAGUUGGGGAGAAGCUGAGCAAGGUAGAAGAGAAGGUGAAUCUACAAAUGAGAGAGAGCAAAGAGGCGUAUGAAGCGUCGAAGGAGGAACUAAAGCUGCUCCAAACGGAUGUCCAUUACAUGAAGAACGAAUCUGGCAAAAUUGUUAACAAAAUAAAAGAAGUAGACUACCAAAUCAAUCAGCACACGGAGGCCUUCGAGUCGUUUCACAUUUUGACUCACCUGAACACUGAGCGCAUUUCGGUGCUACAGAAUGACUGCGUGAAGAUGGGGGAGGAGCGGGAGGAGGUGUUGAGGGGCAUCCAGGAGGCCACGGCAGCCGCGGGCGCCGCGCGGGAUGGCCUAGUCGUGCAGAGGGCGCAACUGGUAGGGUUGAGAAGUGGGCUACGAAGCGGUGGCUAUACCCAGCGCGCUUCAAACGUUGCGCCGUUGACCGAUGAAGCGGUGGCCACUAACGCCGUCAGCCGCACUAACGCCGUCAGCCCCACUAACGCUGCCUACCCCACUAACGCUGCCUACCCCACUAACGCUGCCUACCCCACUAACGCCGCGAACCACGCCAACACCGCUAACCCCCCAACGCAGGAGGAGGAGAGGGAAGCCCUGCUCGAGAACGAACGCGAACUGACCCACAGGAAGGAGAAGCUGGCCAUCCGGAGGAGCGAAGCCAAAUCUGACGACGACCGCCUCAAGUCUCAGAUGCAGUUCAUGCAGAACCAGCUGUCAUCACAGGAGUAUUUCCUGAGCGUCAUUAAAUGUGGCCUGGAUGGUAGCAUCCGGACGAGGAAAGAACUAAGUGCCGUUUUGGGAGGAAUCAACAGGGAGAUAGAGGACGUGAAGGAGCUGAUGGAGGCUACGAAGAUGGAUGAGGUGGAGGAGAGGAAGAAGGGUCACGAGAUGGAAGAACAAGUUAAGCAGCUAGCCACCGAGCUGGGAGGACGCGAAGGGCAGUUAGAGGAACUUGCGCAGGAGGAAAAGACGGUGCGAGCGAGGGUCGAAGGGGAAAGAAGCAACGCCAGCCAGAGCCUCCUGAACGAGCUGGUUAAGGGGAAGAAGUUGAUAGAUGGGGAGAUCGGCAGCUACCAGGAGGAGGCGCGCAAGUUGGUUAUGCGCGAGGGGGUGCUCGGCGGUUUGGUGAGCGGUCCUCUAGGGGGUCUCCUAAGUGGUCUCCUAAGUGCCCCUCCAGAUGGUGCACUUCCUACACUUCCUGCACUCCCUGGAGUGCCCCUUCCAGCGAACGGGGAGGAUGCGGCGGAGCGGGAGAACCCCCUUGACGCACACUCCCCCGCGAGCGAAGCACUCCUAAAGGGGUUGCAACAUGCCAUAGACAGGGUGAAGGAGCGAAUCACCGAAGAGCAGAACGAAGUUUGGCGAAGGGAAAGAGAAGUGCAAAGAGUAGCGGCCCUCACUAGUGAGCUUCGAAGUCAAGUGCUGGUUGAAGCGGAUAGAGGGACCAAGUUAGACGCUUUGUUGGAGGAACAGAGAGACCAUUUCACAAAGCUCAGCGAAAGGGAGAGGGAAGUAGAGAAGGAGCUCUCUCACAUGGAAGACCUGACCAAAAAGGAGAAGCUAAAUUAUGAAGAGAAACAGAAGGAAGCGAAGAGGGUGCAGGAGAGACUCGCAGAGCUAAAUCGAAUUGAGGAGGAGAAGCUGCGCCUACUUGAAAAGGAGUACCAUAGUAAGAAGCAGAACCUGUUGUGCUCCUCUGGGGAUGGGCUUGCGAUGGUCAACUCUGUGGAGAAGAAACGACUGAGGGAGGAUGUGGCUUCGUACGUGGCAAAGACAAAGGGGGAGUUUGCUUUGAAGAAGAGGGAAUUUGAAAGGGGGGAGAGGGAGAGGUACGCAGAGGUGGGUAGUCAGUUGGACGGAGAGCUCAAGAGGAAGGGCGACUUGAUUGCCUACUAUGAGGAGCUGAUUAGCCGGAAGGAGAAGCCGGGCGUCGCCGCCGCUAUUAGCGGGGUCAGCGGCGGCAGCACCAAGCGGGCGGAGAGGAGGAGGUCCGCCCAGCGGGGCGUUAGCAGGAGCGCCAGCGGGAUCAGCGCUGCAAACGGCGCGGCAAACGGCUCGGCAAACGGCUCGGCAAACGGCUCGGCAAACGGCUCGGCAAACGGCUCGGCAAACGGCUCGGCAAACGGCUCGGUUAGUACCGCUAACAACGCCAACGCCGCCAGCACCGCCAGCGCCGCUAACCCGCACAAGUUCGGCUACUUCGACGUGACCUCGCCCGGGGAGAUUCGCAAGAGCAUGCACAUCCCCAGCCGGUCCGUGAAGUCGCCGCACAUCGCCAGGCUGCUGGAGAAGAUCAAACUGAGGAAGGAGUGCCAGACGCUCGUGGGCACUAAGAAGGUGCCCCUGAACCAGGUGAGCAGCAGCGACGGCAGGAGGAGCAGGACCAUCGGGGGCGGCUCUUCCAACAGGCCCAGCGCGGGGAAAGGCGCCAAGGGCGCAGGCCGCUCCAAGCCCUUCCUCAACACGAAGGCCCCCAAGGGGGGGUAUGGCGGCGGGCAUCGAGGGGGGCAGUACGUCCUCUUCGCCUGUCUACCUCACCCGUCUACCACUCCCCUCCAUCGCUCCCUCCCCCUACUGCAGAGCGAGGCGGAGGAAAUCCUAAACAGGAUCAAGAACCACAAGGGGGUGGUAGGCAUCCUGGUAGUCAACAGCGAAGGGCUAGUGAUAAAGAGCACGUUCGACCAGCAGCAGUCGGAUCUGCACGCGUCCCUCCUGACGCAGCUUUCGAAUAAGGCCCGGGAUGUCAUUCGGGAGUUGGAUCCCCAGAACGACAUAAACUUCCUGCGCCUGCGAUCGAAGAAGCACGAAAUAAUGAUCGCCCCAGAUAAGGACUACACGCUGGUGGUCGUUCAGGACCCGUACGCCGACCGGGAGAAGUAG